AUGGCGCUCAUAGUCGACAAGCAUCGGCCACGAUCCCUCGACGCUCUAACAUAUCACCCAGAGCUCUCUCGCCGUCUCCAAUCACUAGCUCAAAGCGGCGACUUCCCACAUCUCCUUGUCUACGGCCCCUCAGGCGCCGGCAAGAAGACCCGGAUCGUAGCCACGCUCAAGGAGCUCUAUGGACCUGGAGUGGAAAAGAUCAAAAUAGACUCGCGCGUCUUUCAGACCACCAGCAACCGCAAGCUCGAGUUCAACAUCGUCGCGUCCGUGUACCACCUCGAAAUUACACCCUCGGACGUAGGCAACUACGACCGGGUCGUCGUGCAAGAUCUGCUAAAGGAGGUCGCACAGACGCAGCAGGUAGACCAAUCGGCCAAGCAGCGGUUCAAGGUCGUCGUCAUCAACGAGGCAGAUCAGCUUACGCGAGAUGCGCAGGCGGCGCUGCGUCGAACCAUGGAGAAAUACUCGCCCAACCUGCGGCUCAUCCUGCUCGCCAACUCCACAGCGAACAUAAUCGCGCCUAUUCGAUCGAGGACGCUGCUCGUGAGGGUUGCGGCGCCGACGCACGAGGAGAUUUGCAGCGUCCUGGCCGUGUCGGCAAAGAAGGAGGGCUGGGAGGUGGUCAAGGGGCUGCACGAGAGGAUUGCAGUGGAGAGUGGGCGGAAUCUGAGGAGGGCGCUGUUGAUGUACGAAGCUGUCCAUGCACAAAAGUACGUGUUUUUGUUUGUUCCUCCCCCAACACCCCCUUCUCUCUCUCCCCGCUUCACAGAUACGCCGAUACCGCCUGCAGACUGGGAGGCUUUGAUCGGCCAGAUGGCCAAGGAAAUAAUGGACGAGCAUACGCCGGCGCGGAUCCUGCAAGUGCGCGCCAAGUUCUACGACCUACUGACGCACUGUAUCCCGCCUACGACGAUUCUCAAAACCCUCACGUUCAAGCUGCUCGCGCUCAUUGACGACGGUCUGAAGGGCGAGGUGAUUCAGUGGUCGGCAUUUUAUGAGCAUCGCAUCAAGACGGGGACAAAGGUGAUUUUCCAUCUGGAGGCGUUUGUGGCCAAAUUUAUGCGUAUUCUGGAGAUGUAUCUGAUGGGCAUGGGCAUGUAA